UGUAGGAUGCAGUAAGAGUGCGCAAGUGUUGCCUUACCUAACUUUCAAUACCUAAAUCAACCUGACGACGCUAUCAUAUAUAUAUAUAUAUAUAUAGAUACCAUACAUAUAUAGAUACACGCGAAUCGUAUACAGUAAAGACCCAAGACGAGGUCGAUGUCGAUUUGUGUGAUCAGUUUGGGUAGUGAGUUCGAGUCUAGUCAGAACACAAUAAUAAUUUAAAUAACUGUAUGAAUUUUAUAUAUCAAACCAUACGUGGCGUGAGUUGGCCCUAAAAGGCGACAUCAUCGUCGCCAUAAACUGGCGAAAAAACCAUUUACUUGACCAGCAUUUUUAAAACUACACAUUUCAUAUUAUAUCUGUGACCGCCAUUAUAAAUCCAAACGAUUUUAAAGAAAAGAACAAGAGCUUAAAUAUUGAAUUAAUAAUUUAAAAAAAAAAAAUAAAACAAAAGACACAAAAUUUAUCACUAAAUAUAUAUUCAAACACGUCAGCUUGGGCCUCAUUGGAAAUCUCUCAUUAUUGACAUCUGCUAAAACUCGUUGCUGCUGCGCAUUGAGCUCUCAUUUAAUUUAUCUUUUUUUCAUCACCACACCAAUAAACUCCAUCAGUUGCAAAGUAAAGUGUUGAGGCCUCUGAUAUGUGACAAAUAUUACGGGGUACUAAAUGUACUUACGCGUGUACCCCCUAUAUCAGAGCAGAACCACGAAAAUUACAUACAAAAUAUAAUAAAUAUGUGCGCAAGUAUCACACCGGUUGGUAAUUAAUUAAGUGCUGAGUGAAUUUAAUUUAAAAUAAUUUAUAAAAAUAUAAAUAAGUGACAAGGCCCAGAAGGGCCUUUAAAGUACUUACAAUAAAUAUAGUUAAGUUUUAUAUAUUGUGUUCUGAGAAAUGGAGUGUCCGCAUCUUACACAGAGUGUAAGACUUGGGAGUAAUGAUAUUGAAUGGAAUUAUACUAAAAAUUUACCUUUCGUUUGUGCAGUAUGUGGAACGGAGAAAAGUACAUGGCUGUGCUUACAUUGCGGGAACGUGCAUUGUGGGCGUUAUAUGUCUGGCCAUGCACUGCAGCAUCAUGAGAAAAAUACUCAUCACUGUGUAUGCAUUGACUGUGAAAAUCUAUCUGUAUAUUGUUAUUCAUGUGACGAAUAUGUUGUUAAUGAUACGUCAACUGGUCAAAUAGAAAAAAUACGUCAAAAUACAUUUCGUAAAGGUGAACAAAAAGAGAACGAUGAGAAUUGGAGUUCAUCGUCCUCAUCAGGAUUAGACAACGGCAAUGGCGAUACUGAUUCAGAUGCGAUAUGGAAGACUGAGGUGGUUGUACGAAAUUUACGACCGCGCACACGUAAGAGACUUCACUCGUUUGAUGAAACGAGCGGCGAUAAUCGGCCAGUUCCUAAACGACGGAGUUCUAAGGCUACCAAAGAAAAAAAAGUCGUUGGAUUAAGAAAUCUCGGCAAUACAUGUUUUAUGAAUGCUGUACUUCAAUCAUUUAAUAAUAUCAGUCAUUUUUGCGAGUACCUUACGCAAAUGCCAAGUCUUGAGGGCAUUGCCUUUGAUGAACCACCAACUCACAGAGGACGGAUUGUUGCUCCCGGUCGAGCUAAAGAACUGAGCGAUGCGUUACUUGCUGAAGAGCUUAGAAAGGUUUUACUGGGCUUGAGUGUAGGCGGUUCAAAUGGCCAAGCAAUAUCACCAGAGUGUCUCUUUCUAGUAAUUUGGAAAGUGGUCCCACGUUUUCGAGGCUAUCAACAACAGGAUGCUCAUGAAUUUCUCACUUACAUGCUCGAUAGAUUGCAUACAGAGUUAUUGCAACUCUUACCAAGACUCGGUCACGAACCACUUGGACUUCGUGGCAAACAGAGUAUUGUUACUGCAGUAUUUGGUGGUGCUUUACUCAGUGUGGUACACUGCAUGAACUGCCGGACAGAUUCAAAAACUCACGAACCUUUUCAAGAUCUUUCUUUGGAUAUUCCCGACAAAUUUCAAAGAAGAACAGCGACGAAGGAACAAGAAGAAGUUUGCAGUCUGACAUUCAGUCUCUCUCGUUUCUUCAAAGUCGAAGAACUUGCUGACAGUGAACUCUACUACUGCAAUAACUGUAUGGGAAAGCAACGUUCAACCAAGAGGUUCUGGAUUCACAGGCUGCCUAACGUGUUGUGCCUUCACAUAAAAAGAUUUAGGUGGUGCAAUUCCUACCGCUCCAAGGUGGAUACGCAGGUUGAUUUUCCAAUGGAAUCACUUGAUAUGUCACCGUUUACUGUAUGCGGAUCUGCUGGUGUAAAGCUCGUCGCACAAAAUAGUCAUCUGUAUGAUCUUGCUGCCGUUAUUGUUCAUCAUGGAUCAGGUGCUGGCACUGGACAUUACACUGCCUUUGCUGUUCACGACGGUCAGUGGUUUCAUUUCAACGACAGUAGUGUACGACCAGCGAGCUCCGAAUCUGUUGCCAAGUGCAAGCCUUAUAUUCUUUUUUACGUACGCCGAGAAUUUUCAAUUCCACCGCCAUUGUGACAUCGUCGUGUAAUUGCUAAAAUUCCCACUAAUGGUGAUAAUAAUAAUCAAGACAUAGACGAUGAAAAUUCAACUACUGCUACUGCUGCUGUUACUGCCGCCAAUGCCGCUGUCGCUGCUGCUGCCGCUGACGAGUAUGAAAAUGAAAUCGUUGGAAAACAUAUAGAAAGUGAGAUUAAUGAGGAUGAUAAUUAAUAAGCGAUUCAACCGUAACAAAAGUCUGCGUACUUUAAAUAGAUUAGAUAGAGAAACGUUGCAUCCGCUUAUUUAAAUGCCUCACUAAAAUACCGCCAAUUUAAAUACAUGGGAAACAAGAACAAAACUUAGUAAAAUUACAUACGUUAAUUUUUUUUUUUUUUUUUUUUUUUUUUUUUCACGCCUCAUUCUUAUUCACUUCUGUGAAUUAUCUGCCCAAUUCUAUUCUCGGGUUUUCCACAACACGUCCUUCCUUUAAAAAUAAAAUCAUAUAUUUAAAUAUAAACCUUCUAAACUCCGUCCUAAUUGUGGACGAUUAAAAUAAAAAAAAAAAUAAUCAUUUUUUUAUUUUAUAUGUUUAAUUAUUCGCUUUAGUGUUAAGCGUAAUUCGAUUUAUGUGCAUAGAAAAUUAUUAUUGUAUUAUUUGAUAAAAUCUAUGCACGCUUAUUGCCAAAUUCGUUUCUCAGAUUAAAAGAAAAAAAAAAAUGAAUAAUAAUAUAAUAGGAUUUUGAAUUAAUUAUAAAAAUAAAUAUGAAAAAUAUAAAUUAAAUAAAUGAUGACGAGCAUACAUGGAUAUUAAGUAUUGAUGAUCUGCGAAUUAAAUUUUAAUUGACUAAAUACACAAAGAAAUUCUAUAUUUUUCUAGAUACCUGAUGAUUAUGUAAUAAAUGAAAGAAAAAAUAAAUAAAAAGUUGCCAAUCGUUUAUACAAUUUAAAUAAAAAUUAAUUAAAGAACGGUAUUUACUUGUGAUAUAGAGAAACGAAGGCAUUAAUAUUUGAAUUUAUAGUCAUAACAAAUAUGUAACACAUAUAUAGGUUUAUUAUGUAUGUAUACAUUAAUAGAUAUCAAUGUAUAUUUAUAAUUCGUAAUGCGAGUACGUAAAAUAUUUAAUAUCGAGAUUAAAGUUAUCAGUUUAUUGUUUAUUAUGUUCGGCAUUAUAAUUAUCUAUUUUAUUUUUACAUACAGUAAUACUAUUAUAUAAAUAUAUAUCACAAUCAGCAGACUAAUUUUACAUUAUAUAAAAAAAUAAUAAAUAUUAUCCCGUUUAAAAUUCCCGCCAUUCUAUUUAAAUUUAUAAUAUUUUUAAUAUUUAAACUAUUAUUGUUGUAAAAAUUAUAAAUUACUAUUUUAAGACUUAAUUUAUUUUUACGAUGGAAAUUAUGGGAUUAUAUAUAUAAUUUAAAUUUAUGACGUUUGAGCGCAUUCUCACUUGAGUAAAAAAAUUUCGUUUCAAAAAGAUUCUAAAAAAAUCUGAUAUGUGAAACUUUUAAACUUAAGAGAAUAUGCAAUCUAUUCUCUUUCUUACACUGAUAAAAAAGUUGACUUGAUUCCAGAGCGAAAAUUUCCAAUCAAGAAUUCCGUUUUGAAGAAAAUUAUUUUCUCUUGAAUCAAGUCAACUUUUUUAUCAGCGUACAAACAUGUGAACAAACGAAACGGGCCUUGUUACACUUACAUUAGCAAAUGGAAAUUUCAAAUGAGCCGCUUUCAGAUAUAAAUUCAAAUUUACGAACGAGGUGUAUUUCAUAUUUUUUAAAACGUAUUUUUACUUCAUUUUACGCUCAUUUUAAAAAAGUUUCCAUCAAAAACUAGUAAUAUGAUAAGAAUAAAAAAACAUUCAUAAAAAAUUCCAAAUUAGAGGUUUUUAAUCUUUUUUUAAACGAGAGUAAAAUUUUUUGAUUUAAAAUUCACUUAUAUAAAGCCCUAAGUAAACUUUUUUUUACUAUAAAAAUUACCUAAGUUCCACUCAAAGUUUGUCUCAAGUUUUGAAGUUCCAUAUGUCAAACUUUUUUGAAAUUUUAUUGGAAAAUUUUUUUUUACACGAGCAGUGUCCUCCACUUUUUAAAAAAUUUCAAUGACUCGACUGUCAUGAGCGUAUAAAAAUUUAAUCAAUCAAUUAAAAUAAAAUUUUUAGCAUUAAUUAAGAAGAGAACGCAGUUGCAAUUUCGCUGAUAUAGAUUUUUAAAAAAUUACUUACAGUUAAUAUCAGUAGGGAGUUAGAAGAAAUUUGUUGAAUAAAUUUCAGUAAAUUCUUGAUGUCAAUUUUAUAAUUCGAAUUUACAAAUUUCGUCGGCUAAAAUUUAUGCAACAAAUUUCAUUUAACUCUCAAUUGUUAACAACUGUGAGUAAUUUUUUUAAAAAUCUAUAUUUCGUUGUCCUUUUUUCAAUUUAUGUUUUAUUUGUUUUGAAAUUAAUUGAUAAAAUUUUAAAACUGUUAUGACAGAUUUAAUUUUAUUGAAUAUUUUUAAGGAGGGGGGGGGGGGCUUAUUUGUCUGAUAGAUUGAAAAAUUAAUUAGUUAACUUAAAUUUUUUUUGUAAUUUUUUAAAAUGAAGAUCCGGAAAAGUUUUGGGCAAAAAGGUUUACAAUUAUACUGAACAAAUAAUAUAUUAAUAUGUAUCUGCGUAAGAACUGAUCGUUCAAGUAACGAAAAAAAAUAUUUAACGCAGAAUUUUUUUUUUAUUAUAAUAAUUCUUCAUUUCUUUUCAUGUCAUUUAAUUGUUUUGUAUUAUCGAUAUUAAUAUUAAUAUUAUUAUAAUUAUUCAUAAAUAGUUAUUUAAAUAAGAAAACAUAUUCAUAAAUCGCUGUCAUUUAUUAGCCUAUAUCUGUUGAAUAAGGGAAGGAAAAAAAAAACAUAAAUUAAAAUCUUCAAUGGCUGUUUUGUGAUUAUUUAAAAGACUUAUUUUUUCUAUAAUUACUAAAGAUAUAAUUAAGGUAUUAAAUUAAGUUGGAAUAUGUUAGCCGAAGGAAUCAUUUAUUAAUUAUUAUUAUUAUUAUUAUUAUUAUUAUUAACAAUUAAUAAUAAAAUUUAAAUAACAAAAAAGUAAGAAAGUUGCAAACAAGUUGAAUUUACUGUACUGAAGGGAAAGGGAAGUUACUUAUUUAUAGACAAUUGGGAUGAGGAAAAAAACACGUAAGUGUAUGAUAGCUGAAGUAGAAAAACGAAAAAAAACAUAAAUAAAUAAACCUUGCCUAUGUAUAAAUAAAAAAUGUGGUUGAACACUCCACAGAUAUCUUGGUGAAUAAACAUCUGUUGAAAAAUAA